UAUACUGCUAUACAGCAUAGCAGAAGUUGUCUUGGGUGCUGUGUAAAGCCACCACAUGUUAUUUUAGUGGAUAGGCCAUCCAAAGGUCAGAAAGUUCAGGGUCAACACUUGAGGAAACGCAGUUCAAGGGACGACUUUUGGAGCAGUAGUGCUUGUGAGAUGGAGAAUAGUGCAUUUCCUUCACAACGAAGUGUCUCAUCAAUUAGUACUUCAAAUCAGGGCCUUGAUGCUCACAGUAGUUCCAGCACCACAAACAACAACACUGAAUUUGUAAACCAUGGUUUAAUUCUUUGGAGUAAAACUAGGCAAGAAUGGAUUGGAAAUAGAACACCUCAGAAGCAUACUCCAGCUCGGGAAUCUAAACUAAGCUUUGAUGCAAGUUACGAAACUUUGCUGGGGACCAACAAGCCUUUUCCUCAGUCAAUCCCUCUAUCGGAAAUGGUAGACUUUCUUGUUGAUGUUUGGGAACAGGAAGGACUGUAUGAUUGAGCCGUGGGACUUAACUGAUCUUACCCAACCAUAGCAUUUUCUGUUUGUAAAGUCUACAGAAACCAGAUGGAUGAAAACAAUUAUGUUGGAUCUCAGGAUUUGUAUGUUGACAAGAGGAAAAUUGGAAUGUUUUUUCAAAUGAAGGAGAGAGGACCCUUGCUUAUUUUGCUGAUAAACGAAUUUAUUUUCAAGAAAAGUGAUAUUCAACCAUCCAAAUAAACUCCUUGUUUCCAGA